AUGACCAAAGCAAGGCUCUACGUUUCGGGUGUGGAGAGAAAAGAUGAUCAAUUGGAUGCUUUUCAUGCUCCCGAAAAUAUUCUACUUGAUGAUGAUAGCUUCUUUCAAACAAAAGAUGAUACCAAAACAUGUUUUAUUUAUUUAGACAUUCUUGAUGAUAACUUCAAAAUUGAUAACGUGAUUGUCAGGAAUAAUGGGUCUGCUUUGAUUGAAGUAUGUGUAUCGGAAGAAGGCAAUGGGAAGUUUGAUGAAAGCAAAUCUCUUGUAUUACUUCCUGCCACACCCAUGCUAAACUUUCAAGAUUUGAAGACCAAAUCGAAAUUUAGAGAUCUCCACAUUUUCAAUCCAAAAUCUCUCUAUAGGUCUGCAUUGAUGAGACAAGCCGAAAAAGAAUUUAGAGGGUGGAAGAAGAUUCGCAUAAAAUUAACGUCAUCUUACUCUGGAAACUAUUUAGGUUUGACAUAUUUUGCUGUUGAAAAAGUAGAUUCAGAAGCAACCAAGACAUCAGAGCCAACAACGACUCCAAUCAUAAAAGGAGCAACAUUGGACAUUCCAUUACUUUCUGAUGACGAUGACAUGAAAGACGAAAACCCUCAAGAGAAAUUUGAACAAGCAAAAAAGAUGGCUCACACUAAACUCUCAGCCUCUCCCUCGUUAGACAUCAAGCCAGAUUUAACCAGCACAAAAUCAAGCGUCUCUUCUGCUUCCACUGUGAAGAAAAGGACAUUGCCAAGUGGUAUUACGGCAAAACCAACAAAAUCAUCAUCUCAAACUAAUGACAGUGAUGACAAUUCUGAGAAGUCUGACACUUCAAAAAAAAGAUCUAGAAAAAAGACAGAAACCAAAAAGAAGCCUGUCAAGUUUAAAUCAAUUGACGAUUUGGAUACAAGUGAUAAAUCAGAUAGCGAGAAAGACAAAAAAUCAAACAAAGCAGACAAAAAGAAAGCAACAACAAGAAAAAAGGCAACCAAGAAAAAGAAAUAUUCGUCAGAUCCAUCUGAUACUGAUGAUGAAGAAAGAAUGAUUGACGACGCCAGCGAUGCCGACGAAAAUGGAAAUCUAGCUGGUUUUGUAGUGAGUAACAAGACGACAAUUAAGGACAAAAAGAAUCUUAAAGAUGGACCCGUAACCUCAAAAGAAAACGUUCUUGUUGGUUGUGUUAUUGCAAUUAGUGGUAUCCAAAACCCUGAGAGAAGUGCAUUAAGAGAAAAGGCACUGGAAAUGGGUGCUGGUUAUAGACCAGAAGUACGGCCCGACAUUACACAUUUAGUUGCUGCAUUUGUUUCUGAUAAGGGCCGUGAAGCACAAAAGCAAGGAUCAAAAAUUGUCACUAAGGAGUGGAUUUAUGAUUGUUAUUCAAAAUUAAGACGAAUGAAUGAAAGAAAAUACUCGUUGGUAAAAGAUGAUUUAUUAAGUGCAGAUGAAGAGGAAGCAGAAGCAUCACUAGGAUCUGACAUUGACUUUGAACUGAGUGAAGACAGCUCUGAAAAGGAUAUGGAGGCGGAAGAUGGUGAAUAUGUCCCAAAGCGAAAAAAGAAAAAAGUGACUCGAAAAGCAGAACAAGCAAUAUCAGAUUCUAAAACAUCAGAAAAGAAGAAUGAAGGUAAAUCUGAUAAUCAACCAGAGACCAAAGAUUCUGACUCUUCAGAACGUAACAUUUCUCAAACUGAUACUCUUUCCAAGAAUGAUUCUGCAGCUGUGACCGCUACCUCAGAUAAUCCAAGGCCUUCACAUGAUCGAAGAGAAGUACCACAAGUAUCAACAACCUCUGUCUCAGCACCAACAGCUACUACUACAACCGUAGACAAGUGUGGUCUAUCUCCCUCAGAAGAACAAGAACUUUUGAGGUUUAAAAAGUUUUUUGAUGAAUCUCCAAGCAUGAAAAAGUCCUUUUCUGAUUUUAUCAGCCAAGACAUUUUUGAAGCUGCCACAAAUUGUGCCAAAGAAGGUGAUAUUAUGAUCUUUUUCGAGAAAUGGUCUCUAAAUACACCUAGCCCUAAAUUUUUGAGAAGCAUUGCUAAACUGGCAAUGGACGAGGAUGACACAAACAAGGAAGAACUUAUCAAUAGCAUUAAUAACUUGAAAAACAAGAUGCUGCAGUACAUUAACUUGAACUUGUCAAACAGCAAGCCAAACAUUGCCGAUGUGGAUCUUGAAGGACCCCAAGCUACAUUACCUUCUUUCUUUGAAGGAUGUAUUGUUUAUUUUGAUCCAGCAGUUAAGAAUCAAAGAGAAUUGAGGAGAUAUAUCAUAGCUUAUGGUGGAGAAAUUGUAGACGAUUUUAAUACAAGAAGCAACGACAUUACUCAUGUAAUUGUAAAUCCUGACUAUGAUGGAAAUAUCUUGUACAAUGAUAAGCGUAUUGUUGAUUGGAAAUGGAUACAGCAUUCUCACAGAAGGCUCAGAAAGUUAAACGAAGAAGCAUAUGCAGUUGGAGAUUAA